UUCAUAUUAAAAACACCGUGCAAGCAACACGCAAAAAAAGUUCGUAAAAAACAUAUUACAAAAAAACUAAAUUAUUUUAUUACAAUAAAACGUUUGCGGUAAUAUAACAAAUAUUAAGCGCCAAAGAAUUAACUAAACAAGUAAAAUAUUAAAAAUAACUUACAAUAUUUGUUAACAUUUUUGGCCUUUUUCUUCUGAAAAAAGUUUACUUUGUGGCUUUGUUGUAUUAAAAUAAAAAAAAAUUAACAAGUUUUCUUUGAAAUUAAUAUUAAACAAUUGAAUUUUUGAAAAGUUUAUGUGUGAAAAAUUAAGGAAAUAUUAUUGAGUUUUUUGAAAUAAAUUUGCCCAAAAAAAAGGAUACCAAGAGACAAUAGAGGAAACCAAACCACAAAAAGAAAUAAAUUCCAAGCGUUUUGUCUAUUUUGAAUUUUAUUAGUUAAAUAAUAUAAUAAUAAUAUUAUAUAAGUAAAAUCAACUACAAAAUUACCACAAAUCAAUAAACAACCAAUACACACCCAACUAACCAACCAACCAAACACACAUAAAAAAGCCACAAAUAUGUCGGACCGCAAAGCUGUUAUUAAAAAUGCUGAUAUGAGCGAAGAAAUGCAACAAGAUGCUGUGGAUUGUGCGACACAAGCCUUGGAAAAAUAUAAUAUCGAAAAGGACAUUGCUGCUUUUAUCAAGAAGGAAUUCGACAAAAAAUACAACCCCACAUGGCAUUGUAUUGUAGGAAGAAAUUUCGGCUCCUAUGUAACGCAUGAAACACGUCAUUUCAUAUACUUUUACUUAGGCCAGGUGGCAAUUCUAUUAUUCAAGAGCGGUUAAAUUAGCUAAAACAAACAAAACAAAAAAACACAAUAUUUCAAAAUAAUAAUAAAUAAAAUAAAAUUAAAAAAAAAACAACUACCAUUAAAUUGAACCACAAAAAUUGUAAACCACAUGACGAAAUUAUAGAAAUAAAACAAAAAAAAACCUACAAAAUUACAAUACCACAAAAAAAGCAGAAUUUAAGCUAUUUUACAAUUUAUGUAGAAAAAAUAUAAGAAAUACAAAAAGCUGAAAAGAAGAGGGGAAAAACGUAUAGUAAUUAAAUGAGAAAAAAAUAGUAACAAUUUCAAUUUCAUCUUAAAAAAGAAAAUUUUUUUUCAUAACUUUUUAGUUUUUUUUUUUUGGUUUUAAUUAAAUGUAAUAUGUGGGGUUUUUUGUUAACAAUUUGUGUGUGUAAAUUUAUAAAUGAAUACUAAAAGAAGUAUUUGUUAAAUGAAUAACUACUUAAAUACAUUUUAAUAAUUUAUAUAAUGA